AUGAGGGAUAAUGAGCCACUUCCUUGGGAAAUGCGUGUUCGAGUUGCAGAUUUUAUCGCACAAGCGCUUGAUCACUGCAACAUCACAAACCGAAAGAUCUAUCAUGAUUUGAAUGCAUACAGAAUCCUCUUUGAUGAGGAAUGCGAUCCUCGUCUAUCAACUUUUGGUCUCAUGAAGAAUAGUAGAGAUGGAAAAAGCUAUAGCACUAACUUGGCUUAUACUCCACCUGAGUUCUUACGAACAGGUAGCAUCGUCCCUGAAAGUGUGAUUUACAGUUAUGGAGCUAUUCUCUUAGAUCUUUUAAGCGGCAAACACAUUCCACCAAGCCAUUUGGUUCAGAUGAUGCCUCGUACAUCUGCGACGGUUUGCGCGAGACGGUGUUUCUCCUUCUUAAUGACGGACGAGCCGAACCUUGCGCCGAGAGAUGCAAUGCAGGCUCAGGUUACCGUACCGGAGUGGCCUACCGCGUUUUACUUGCAGGCCUUAGCACUUUCGAAGCUUGGGAUGGAGACUGAUGCUAAUGAUAUGCUUAAUGAAGGUGCUGCGUUUGAUGCUAAGCGACAAUAA